AUGGAAGACCCAGCAUCUGAAAUCACACCUAUAAUCCACCACCUCACGCAAGCUCCCCCAGAUGACCAACAACGAACCAUUCAGAAAUACUUCACUCCCAGCGCAGCCUUCAUCCACCCCUUCUGUCGCGUCUGGCCCUAUCCCGGGAGUCGCUGGUUCAUUGAGAGGAUCUACCAAUGGUACAAGAUCAUGUCGCCGCGGAUUGAGCUGGAGGUGCAUUCCGUAGGAGUAGCUAACAACUUCGAUCUCAACAUAGCAUACGACAAACCUAACCAAAAGCUCUACCUCCAAAUGUCCCAGCUUUUCUCCAUUUGGGCCAUUCCCUUCCACCACGCCCAUGUACAUCUAACCACGGUCUUGGAUCUCACUACGGACAGCGAAGAUAACCGCACGCCACGGACAGGGUCCGGCAAACGGUACUACAUCAAACAGCAGGAGGACUUUUACCAGACGUCGGAGUUUGUCAAGUUUGUAGCGCCGUGGGGAGGGGGCUUGCUGGUCACUAUUUGGCAGUUGCUGGCGACGGUAUUUUGUGUGUUUGGGGUGGUGCUGUUCUGGCCUGUGUUGUGGUUGGAGGAGAGGCGGUUGGUUGGUAAUGGAAAGAAAUGA